AAAGAGGAAAUGCAGGAAAAAUUAGAUAGAAUGCGAGACAAAUCGGUAUAGAGUUGAGUUAAAUUUAGGAGCAGUUUAUACGGGCGGAGUUUCAAAGAUUUUGCAAUAUCUGCCUAUUAUUAACACCAAACAUCCCCCGCCUUAGCCAAACGCCAGAGAGUUGGCAAAGAGCGCGUGAGCGCGACGGACUGACGGAGGAGAAGAUGGAGUUGCAGAACUCCGAUUCUUCCACUCUUCUGCGACGUCACCUUCUUGAGUUCCUCAUUAACUCGUCCCAGCAACUCCUUGUUCGUCCAAUCGUCAAAUACACCGCGCUUUCCUUCUUUGCCGACCGCUUCCUCCCUUCUAUCUCUCGCUCCAGGCAAGGCGAUUUGUUCGACGAGGCAAGAUGUGAUGGGAGCUGCUGGCUCUUUCGUCCCUUGGCGGAGAGCAACUUGCAGGUCUUCGCUCUAGUUUCAAUUUGGGUUUCCAGCAAAUUGCAUGAAACUCAGCCCCUUUCAGUGAAGAGUUUAAAGAGUUUGGGGGAUAUGGUCAUCAGCGAUCAAUGCUUUACCACUCGGGAUUUCGCCAUGGCAGAGAGUGCCUUUUUAGAGGUGAUGCAAUUUGACAUUGGAGCUUCCCAAGUUGCUUUUAUCUUCCUCGAAGAGCUUCUCGUUCAAUUCAGGGAGUUAUCAAAAGUAGGGAACCUUGUAAGCCUUGAAGUUUGCAUGGAGAUCAUGGAUCUUCUUUAUGAAACAGAGCAGACUUCAAUGCUAUUCAGCUCUCCUCAUGCUCUUUCUGCAUCCAUUCUUGUAGCUGCGUACUUUUUCAUGGUGCCCAAGCAACAGUGGGAGUUCCCUCUUCUUCCUUGGGGAUUUUAUCAUUUGGAUGGAUACUUUCAACGACAAGGAUUGAAAGAGGGGGACAAUCGGAAAAUAUUGCAUAUUUACUAAAUUUCAGUAUUACAUGCAUGAAGUUGGUAAGAGGAAGCAAAUAUUGAAAGAAAAUAUAAUAAAG